UGUGUGCGGAUCAAAGAUGAAGAUGAAGUGUUGAUUUUUGUGUGCUGUGAAGAAAAAGAAAAGAUUGACCAGGCAAUUGAUAAUCUGGUUAACGAGGAUUGCGGGAGAUUUGAAAUUGAUAAGAUAUAUGGGGGUAGAUAUGUUAAAUUAAUGAGCAGACCCUGGAUGGCCAUUCUUAAUUUAAAACAUAAUUAUAAAAAUGAAAUUUACAUAUGUGGCGGUACCUUGAUAAACAAACGUUACGUGUUAACAGCUGCUCAUUGUUUCGACGAGAAAGAACUAUUCUUAUUGCGGUUGGGAGAACACAAUAUAAUAAAGAAACAAGAUUGCGAUGAGGAUUCUUGUGCACCACCAUUUGAGGAUAUUGGCCAUGAACGCAUUUUUGUGCAUGAAAAGUAUUCGCUUGAAACUCGACAUGAUGAUAUUGCUCUAGUGAAACUGUCGAAAGACGUGGAAUUCAAAAGGAGUAUUUCGCCUAUUUGUCUGCCCACGACCAAGAUUCUUCAACAAAAAGUUAACAAUAUAAAAGACUUCCAUGUGACUGGCUGGGGAAAAACUAAGUUCUCCAAUUACUCUAAUACUCUUAUGGAAAUCAUUGUAAAUCAAAAAAAUCGCGCAAAAUGCAAUAAAAGUUUUCCGAAAUACCCAGUCGAUUCAACACAAAUAUGCGCUGGUGCUGAUGGAAAGGAUGCCUGCGGAGGUGACUCUGGAGGUCCAUUGUCACAGGUAGUCUAUUUUAAUGGGUAUCAACGGUUUGUGCAGUAUGGAGUGGUCAAUUUUGGAUUUAUUAAUUGCACUGGUGAGCAUCCGGGUGUAUACACAAACGUUGGCAGUUACAUACGGUGGAUCGCUUACACGAUUGCCACCAAAUAAAAAAGACAAGUAAAUGAUAAUUAUUUAUGAAAUCAGCGAUUAAAGCUUAUCGUUUGGUUGCUUAAGUUUAAAAGCAUGGGAUAAGCUUGCAUGUGAUGCAAGAAAAAAUUAAAAUCCUCAAUAGAAAUAUAUAUAUU